AACGUUUUACGUCUCUUCCUGGUAUAGAUGCCUCAGACGAGAAACUGAGAGUCGACCAAUGGGGGACAAUGAAGGAAAAGGUGGGUAGUAUUAUAGAUGGAUUAUACGUUGAGCUUAUGGUCACGCGAAUAUGAAUGAAGAAUCGAAUCGACUGGGAAUAGCAUCUGCUUGCCCAAUAAUAAACGUCUAUUGUUUGAGCCCUCACACACUUCAUGCAAAGGCAUGUUGGUCCAGCAUGUCUUAUACACGCAUCUGCAGCUCUUCCAUCGUUGAGGAGGCGUCACCGCUGGUCGGAAGCCACCAGCCACACGGGCCAGUUGGCCAUCACGGCCGUCGGAGCAAGCCGUGUAGCUCGUGAAAACGUGAAGAUCGUAGCUAUUUGGAGGUUUGACGGAUGUCGCAGCCGUCGGAAGGCCCAGCAGGUGAAGCCAGCACCGUUACUAAUAGCGACGAUGCAUUUGUAUGUAUUACGCUUUCUGCAUACUACCUACCUACUAAUGUGUUGGCUGCGCAGUUACAUUUUCUUCCCCUUCUCAACUUGCUUGCCGAGGAUGGGCUCCGCGUCAGCACUCUAUCAUCUCGCGGUUAGGGUGGAAUGGACCGGACGCCUUUUUUUUCUUAGAUGCGCGGGUUUACGACGGCGGUCGGCGGCGCAUCCUUAUCUGACAGCUUUCAAGGAUCCAAGCAGAAGCAUGUACAAGCAAGCAGUAAGCCGGCGGAGACAAAAGAAGCGCGGCAUUACGGAAGUAGAAGUAGGGGAGAGAGGCGAUGCAAUAGUCUUCGGUUAAGGCACAAUUUUUGCAUUGUGCUUUCAAAGACGUCUUUUGAUUACUUUUAUGCUUGGGCAAUGGCUGGGGGGUAGAGAUUUGAUUAAUCACGGGCCGUUGGUUUGUUCAUUUCUCGGUGUCUAGCCGAUGUAAAUUGAUGUGCCGUCGGUUAUCGAUUCGGUCUGGCUGCGCCUCCCGAUGCUCGUAUGCAGGCAAUUUAUAUGAUACUGAGUGAAGUGAAGUUUGGCUGGUGUUUUGUGUU